UGGACGGAGCGACGGUCCGCUCGCAUUAUCAACGGGAUCAGCCGGCCGUGAGCGGUGGAUGAUAAGAAUAGAGUAGAAUAAGUCAUAAUGCCUUGAUACAAAAUCGCGGCCCUGAUCGCUUUGAUAACGCGGGCGGGGCGUCGCUCUGACCCCUGACAAAGCGCGAAAAGUGCAACAAGGAAUAUCAUCGGAGACGGAAUCGCUACAAAAUCGCGGCCCGCGCGCAUGUGCAUCUGUGUCUGUGUUGUGCGAGUUUGCGUGCGCUGAAAAUUUUUUUAUUGCGCUCAGAGAAAUCUGAUCAUGCCACUCUACAUGACCCGGUGGGCAAAAUGAAUGAACGCCAACAAUCGUGUUCAUUGACCACGUAUACAAAACACACAAACGAUCGAUGUCGAAUUCAUAAUUACUCUCAUGAGUUGGGAUGUCAUUUUAAGAAUGCUUAAGCCUGAUGCAGUUCUCAACAUUUCUUAUCUGUACAACUGUACAACUUUGUACCUUCCACCCAUGGAGGAAGGAAACAACUUGAAAAAAAAAAGUUUUUUUUUUUUAUCUUCCUCCAUGCUUCCACCCACUACUGUUGUACGGCAUUGCUUUAGUAGUAUUUUUCUUUUCUGUUUUGGUUUGGUUUGGGUGAUGCAGUGGUGGCAGUCGAAGUCGCAUGCCAAUCCGCAUCCAUAGAAUCCACGGCCAUAGCCACAGCUGUCAUCUAAGCGAGAACGACUGCGUUGCACUGUGUUAAGCUCGAGAUGCUUGUAUUCGCUGAAUAUGAAGUGGACAUGACCACUGCGGUUGUCAGGCACACCGCAGUGCAAAACUUUAACCCAGAGAAUGUCGUGGAUUUCGAUCCAAUUGUCCUCUACGACGUGUGGUGGAACGGCGAUGCGACAGAGUGCUGCACAUGGCUGAAACUGAAGAAAUGGUGCUGCACACGUCGAAAAGGCUCAGAAAUCUGUCCUUAGAAAAGGGCAAGAGCACCAAAGGAAUUAUAACUGCCAUGGCCUCUAUGGCACCUUUGUCACAGGAGCAUGCUGACAUGGACAUAUUCACUGGAGAGGCCAUCGAUGUUGUCAUCGGAUCCUCAAGAGAUGACGGAAAGGUGUAUGCUGGAUCCGGGCAAUGAAUAGAAAAGGCUGCUUGGGGGACAUUGUUGCGGUCUACGUCUAUGUUCUGCCGUAUGGCGUCCACAACGUAUUGGAUGCCAGAUGAGCUUAAGAACAGAAGCGUGACCGGGACUUUGUCCAACAAGUCGCGAUCCAAGGGAAGGACUGAGGCCAGACCAGCCGUGACACCACAAAAGUUGUCAUCCUUGAAAAGUAUAUGAACAUACUGUUCUAAUGAACUGAUCUACUCAUGUAUAGAUGGCACAUGCAAAUAGCCACAGUAAAAGCGAAGCUAGUGCUAAAGCACUGUGUUGCGAUCAUCUGCUACUGAAAUAUUUCAUGUUAAAACUGUAGAAAGAAUUUGAGGCAUGUGAGUUAACAUGAAAAAAGUAAUCUGCAGUUUGGUUAUUGAAAAUGCAGCUUUGCAAAAAUAUUUCAUUGAACCGUGGGCAUAUUGUUGGGAACUUGCACUGUGCAUGCUGGAAAUUAUUGUUUAGAUGCUUUCAUUAAUUUUGUACUCGUGAUUGCUUUUCUUGCGCAGGCCUCCUCCGGAUCUUCAUAGGCAACCGUGUCAUGCCGGAAGACGAGAAAAAAAAAGAUUGAAAGAAGUGCGCAGGCAAUUGGUGCAGAAACUCGCUGACGCGCCAAGAAGGUAGUGCUACUGGUACUGAUUGCUACGGGGCUUGUCCCAAAAGUUUGUGCACUGAGCCAGCAAAAACGCGGCAGAGAAUGUAGUGACAUGAACUGCUCAAACUUCUGGGACAGACUUUGUAUAUUUACCUUACCAGCUUAGCACUUCUACCUUUCUUUGUGGAGUUAGUGCUUACCGUAUUUACUAAAAAAUAGGUCCAACAUGAGUAUAGGUCGACCACUAUAUAUUGAAUUAGUUGAGAAAUUUAGAAAAUUUUAGUUUGAAUUAAGUCAGCCAAUAUCUUUCUUUAGCAGUAGUAGUGUAAACUUAAAUUAUUUCUCUUAAGGGUCUUGGGUGGUGGGUGGGUGCCUCAGUUUAGAGCUCCAUUGGUCUCUGCAGCUUGCUGGGCUUGAUCGAGAAGAGCUCUCUGGCUCUCUAGAUUUUCGCUAGCAAGCCAAACGUCCCGGGACGCUGCCUGUUGCUUGGAAUUUGUGCCGUUAGGGGGUGAAUUUAGAAUUUGGAAGUCGUUGCUUACAUAUCCACAUUACAGGACGAGACUUGGCCCACCAAGGGAAGUGGCAGGGUGUAUGCAUCUUGUGAAGUAUUUGGAUGUAUGGAUAUGCGUGGAGGACCACACAAAUAGCGAAGGAACGAAAAAGAUUAGGUCUAUCUUAAAGAGACGGGAAGAGUGUGGAUCAGAGAGCAAAUGGCGAUAGCCGAUAUUCUUGUUAACAUUAAGAGGGGAAAUGGAACUGGGCAGGCCAUGUAAUGCGUAGGAUGGAUAACCGGUGGAUCAUUGGUUACAAAAUGGAUACCAAGAAAGGGAAGCGCAGUCGAGGAUGGCAGAAAACUAGGUGGGGGGAUGAAGUUAGGAAAUUUGCAGGCGCAAGUUGGAAUCUGCUAGCGCAGGACAGGGGUAAUGGAGAUCGCAGGGAGAGGCCUUCGUCCUGCAGUGGACAUAAGUAUAGGUUGAUGAUGAUGUGUGUUUGUAAGAAGAGCCAGUACCUGGCCUGUUUCCCUGUACGGUCUGGGUGUAGGUGGCUGUAUUUUUGUCUCUUUGGUCUCCGAGGAUGUCGUGCUGGUGGAUCAGGGGUAUUCCAGUAAAACACGUUGUGGGGCUAGUUGGUGCAUAGCUUUCAAAAGAUGAAGCGCCAACAGUGACAGCACAUUAGGAAGGAACAAAGACAGGACAGGCGCUACUUGCAACUGUUUAUUGUGGUCAAAGGUGGUUGAAUAUAUAGCCAUGGGGAGAGGGGGGGACGAAAAAGGCGGAACACUGAUUGUAUGAAUGCGCACGCGUGAGAACACUGAAGAUGUGCAUGAAGGAAAUGGCGAAUCUAAAACUUAUCUAAAAACACACUUUCAUUUGUGUAUAUAUUCAGAGACGGGGAGCUGACACAUGUUUCCCCUCUCUUCCUAAUCUGGUUGGCCUCCAACAAUUCACGUGCCACAGAGUCUUUACUUUUAAACAAGAUUGUAGUAUCUUGAAGCCUUGCUUCACAUGCUUGUUUAUUUUCAUUGCCGCAGGCCUUGCAAUGAAGAGGCAAGUUUGAGCCAUAACCAUAUUUCAAUGAAAGCUUAUGCUCCCGCAGGCGAUCAUUAAUACAUCGGCCAGUUUGGCCGACGUACUCUUUCCCACACUUCAGCGGUAUACGGUAUACAACUCCUUCCUCACACUUCACAAAAGGAUUCGUAUGUUUAAUGGAACACCCUGCUUUCUUAGAGUUAUCAGAACCAAUCAGGCGGCACAAAGUAGCAAGUUUUCGGGGUGCGGAAAAAACCACAGGAAUUUUGUAUUUGACAGCGACGUGUUUAAGAUUGUGCGCCACUUUGUGAGAAUACGGAAUCACCAUUGGUUUGGCUUUCUUUUCGAAUGUUUGACCUUCUUCAGUGCUUCUUUUUCUUUCUUUUUUCACCUUUUUCAAUAACGCCUCCGAAACUGCACUUACAACCGAACAAGGGAAGCCAGCCUUCCUCAAUUUCAAAAUCUGUUCGUCAAAGCUUCCUUGUGCCUUAUGACAGCACGAAUUUUUAAGGGCGGAUUCGAGGCACAUAGUGGCAAUCGCACGUUUAACAGUCUUGGAGUGUGUAGACUCGUACGGCAACAAUUCCUUGUGGGCACGGGGUCGAUACAUCCAGCAGGAACCUUCGUCAGUAAGGGUUAUGUCAAGAUAUAAAAACUGCAAGCUGUUAUCCUUGGCUAGUUCAAAAGUAAAAUCUAAGCCUUUGCCGUGCUGUUUAGAUUUUACUUUUGAACUAGCCAAGGAUAACAGCUUGCAGUUUUUAGAUCUUGACAUAACCCUUACUGACGAAGGUUCCUGCUGGAUGUAUCGACCCCGUGCCCACAAGGAAUUGGUGCCGUAUGAGUCUACACACUCCAAGACUGUUAAACGUGCGAUUGCCACUAUGUGCCUCGAAUCCGCCCUUAAAAAAUCGUGCUGUCAUAAGGCACAAGGAAGCUUUGACGAACAGAUUUUGAAAUUGAGGAAGGCUGGCUUCCCUUGUUCGGUUUUAAGUGCAGUUUCGGAGGCGUUAUUGAAAAAGGUGAAAAAAGAAAGAAAAAUAAGCACUGAAGAAGGUCAAACAUUCGAAAAGAAAGCCAAACCAGUGGUGAUUCCGUAUUCUCACAAAGUGGCGCACAAUCUUAAACACGUCGCCGUGAAAUACAAAAUUCCUGUGGUUUCUUCCGCACCCCGAAAACUUGCUACUUUGUGCCGCCUGAUUGGUUCUGAUAACUCUAAGAAAGCAGGGUGUUCCAUUAAACAUACGAAUCCUUUUGUGAAGUGUGAGGAAGGAGUUGUAUACUGUAUACCACUGAAGUGUGGGAAAGAGUACGUCGGCCAAACUGGCCGAUGUAUUAAUGAUCGCCUGCGGGAGCAUAAGCUUUCAUUGAAAUAUGGUUAUGGCUCAAACCUGCCUCUUCAUUGCAAGGCCUGCGGCAAUGAAAAUAAACAAGCAUGUGAAGCAAGGCUUCAAGAUACUACAAUCUUGUUUAAAAGUAAAGACUCUGUGGCACGUGAAUUGUUGGAGGCCAACCAGAUUAGGAAGAGAGGGGAAACAUGUGUCAGCUCCCCGUCUCUGAAUAUAUACACAAAUGAAAGUGUGUUUUUAGAUAAGUUUUAGAUUCGCCAUUUCCUUCAUGCACAUCUUCAGUGUUCUCACGCGUGCGCAUUCAUACAAUCAGUGUUCCGCCUUUUUCGUCCCCCCUCUCCCCAUGGCUAUAUAUUCAACCACCUUUGACCACAAUAAACAGUUGCAAGUAGCGCCUGUCCUGUCUUUGUUCCUUCCUAAUGUGCUGUCACUGUUGGCGCUUCAUCUUUUGAAAGUGGAUCAGGGGUUCCUCGUAGGGAUCCUCGAGCAGUUUGGUCGGCCUUCUCAUUUCCCUUGUGCCCAGAGUGUGCCGGGCACUACAUUAUUGUGUGGUGCCAUUCUAGGGUGGUGCCUAGCAUGCUGUGGAUUUUGUGUGGAAUGGUGCCCGUUAUAUAUGAAUGGACCACUGCCUGGGAGUACGUCAGGACCAAUGGAGAUUGUUCUUCUGCAUCUUGAAAGGCCAGUGCUAUGGCUGCUGCCUCCUCCGUGCAAGCCAAAGGGGUCCGAAUGGAGCCAGUUAUCACUGUGGACUAUUGUGAAUUUGUUGCCACUCUAUGCACGUCCGUGUAGUAUAUGUCUGGAUUUCUUCCAUGUUUGUUUUGUAAGGUCUUUGAUCGUGCUUUUCUUCUGCGUUGGUUGUGUUCCGUGCUCAUGUUCUUUGGGAUUGCUGAAACAAAUUUUCCCUCUUCGGUAUGUUAAGCAGCAAAACUGUUUCUUCCCUGCUGUAUUGCCCACUCAGGGGCAUCCCACCUUUUACAGCAGGACCCUUCCUAGUUCUGUUGAAUUCAUAUGCUGUCGGUGUGCCACGACCACCACCGUGGUAUAUUCUUCAUAUGUGACGUAAAUACCAAGAGCGUCCACUUCUUCAUGCUCGUGUGUUUUGGUAGCUCCGGAGAAGCCUCGUAUGCUGCCCUGAUGAUGGCGCUCACUUUGGUCAUCUUGGCCUUUUUAGCCUUUGAAAAGGGAGGCGAGUCAAUGCUGCAAGCUGGAUCCUCUUCGUACUUGCCAGAGAAGUCAUCCUUGAUGGAUGCUGCACAGGCGUCCUCGGCACCCCAAAUGACGAUGUCUUUAACGCUGUCGAGUGUGCUGUAUAUGCAGCAUCAUUUAAAACCAGUCUGAAUCUCAGCUGGCAGGCCCCCUCGCACAUUCUUAACCCAUGUUGAGACUUUGCUUGUCUCCAAUGAUGGUCCCCAAACAUACUUUAUUAGAUUUCUUAAUACUAGUUUUGCUUUCUACUUUGUUGUGUAUAUUUACUACAGGUUACAAAUAAUGUACUAGUAAAGCAGGCGCCCGUGUGCUGCUUGAACCCAGGCAUGGCAGAGGAAUGCCAUUGCCUCGGUACUUUUGCUAGCUUUUUUCAUGAAUAUAGGUAGAAAUUUGUUGGUAACAUAGAUUGAGUAGCUUCAUUUAUUUCGAGAAAUAGUACCUAUGUACAGUAAAUACAGUAUUUUUGUUUGCAUGUAUAUGAUGGCUGCGUGUGAAUUACUGUGCAAUAAAACUUUGAAACCAUCAAUCAAAGGUGUAUUUUCUAUUUAGGAACUGUCUGACAGCAUAAUAAAGCAUGCUUGAUGACGCCACUAGGGAUCGUAUUCUCGGAAAAUCACAUUCGGAGGUAGUUUCACUUUUGCGAGAAUCGGCACUGCAUGCCUGCGCACAAGCGUCGGGAAAAUGCAAGAGCUUUCGUGGGCCGAGCCAUGAACUCUCGCGAAAGUGAAACUAUCGCUGAAAGUGAUUGCCAGAGAAUACUGCCGCAAUCGCGGCCUGUCGGAAUAGAAUGUUCCGACAGGAUUACAAACCGACAGGCUGAAACCGACAGGCUGACACCGACAGGCCGACACCGAC